AUGGAAUCGCGACAACAAAGGCAUCACUUCAUUCCUCGAUUUAUACUUCGAAGUUUCAAACCGAAAGGCCAACCACCGGCAGGGCCACUUCUGCAGUAUCCCAAGAAUAGCAAUGCGAAGCCUUCAAAAAGGCGGGAUUUCCUCGUGAACAAGGUCGACCUUGAAAAGGCUAUUUUAACUCAACGGCCUGUCUCAACGGAAUUUGCACUUGUGGAUAUGUAUCGGGAUCCCGGUUUUGACCAAAAUCAUUACCAUCUUGAGGAAAAGCUUUCAAAACUUGAAAACCAGGCGAGUGACAUUAUCAUGCGUGCGCACAGCGUAUUUUCUCAAGGAUUGACUCUACAACUUUCAAGAACUGAGCUCAACAACCUCCGCAAAUUUCUGUUUCUCAUGAAAUAUAGAAACAAAGGAAUGUACGAUCGUUACAACUAUGAUCACAUUGAGGACUAUCAGGCAGACGAUCGGAUAAAAAUGUCCGAGUAUAUGAGAUCGCGAAGCUUUAAAAAGCCCCGUGAUGUGUGGUUCGACAACCUGGGACAAUUCCUGGAUCUCGAGAUGGAUCCCGCGAGAUGCUGGGUAAAAGUUCUUGAAACUACAGUGUAUCCUGACGAUGCUUCGAUGAUGCGAUUGCAUAUUGACUUCAGCUUUAUCGCUUUUUGCGAGCCUGUGUCUCCGUCGGAUGAGUUUCUUCUUACUCAAAAUGCGUACUCUAUAUUUGAAGGUCCGUCAACCGAAAGGAUCAACUAUCUUACUCGACAGACAGAGAGCGUGACAUACGUCGAGUACCACAAUUUUGCCCCUCUAUCCCCUAAGCUUAUGAUUGUUCUACGGAGCCAUUUACUCGAAUCGCAAUGCCAGCAAGAUCAGCAAAACCAGGAAAGUAAUAAUCCAAGGAUGCUUUGGAAUUCUCUUGCAGCGGCUAUUCGAUCUCAACAUCUCUACCCCGAAAACGCAGGGUCAGUCCUACAAGACCUUCCAGUUCAGAGAUGCAAGAAUCUAUAUGUCCAACCGCAUUUUGUCUCCUUCCAGUCCUUUGACAAGAACGACAAAUUCUGCUUUGAAUGCUUCAAGAUCUCCCCGAAGCAUGUGACAAUUAUCAACAAUAUCCUUUUGGAAGAAGCGAAGUCAACCACCUCAAUCGUGUAUCAUUCACAAACCUCACUCAAGACUAGCAUCGAAAACUAUCUCAAAGACGACACACCUGGCAUGAAGAACCUUUGGGUCAAUCCAUUCAAUGAGCGCCGUCUCUAUCUAAAAAAUCUGGAAAGAAUCGUGCGUGCUCUCGGCGGGUCCACUACUUCCACGUCUUACGACCUGCCCCCUGGCAUUGCAUUUCCUCGGAUGGAAUUGUCACGAGUAGUUGCAAUAAAGCUUGCAAUAGAGAUCUUAGAAAGUGAUGAAACAGAAGGCGCCCCUUUUCAGAUUUAUUUACUGUUAAAGUUGGGUAUGACAGUCACUUCAUUCAACAAUAUUCGCUAUAUUGAUUUUCUGAUGCGCAGAUGCGAGUCGAACAAGCCUUUGGAACGAUAUGUACCAAGCCAGUCUCAUGGUAGUGUUGAGAACAACAAUUGA